ACACACUUCUCUUUUUCUGGGCAAAUAUACAUUGGCCAUCGGUUUUAUCUUAUUAAUGGUUAUUGGUUAAUAAAAGUAAUAAUAAGUAAUAUAUGACGAUCCAAUGCCCUAGCCACAAUUGGGCUUGAAUUUACUCCCUUAACCCGUUAAAAACCAAUCUCAUUAAACCCCAGUACAUUAAAUCGAUUCUGACGAACUGGAGCCUGAUAGUCACCAAACGGAGCUGGUGAUUGAAUUAAACCUUCCGAUGAUGCUGCUGAAGAGGAAAUAGUUCCAAAAGAAGGUGAAUUGCUUGCCAUACUGCCAGCUUCUCGUCCAGAUCGAAGCCGCAUGGAGCAAAAGGUCACACCUUUUCUUUGAUUUUUUUUUUUUAAUUUUAUCCCAUCGAUUCGAAGUAGAGAAGAUUCCACUGCAUUGUGUUUAAUUUAUUGGAUUCUUGUUCUUCACGGAUUGUGUAGAAGGAAAUUUAUAAUUGGUUGCCAUGAGUCUCCGCUUCAAAUUUUAGGGAAAUAACGAAAGGGAUAGAAAGGGUUUAAUGUUCAUUGGGUGAGAAGUUGAAGUGUAGACUGAAAGAUUGAUUCAACGUCUACUUUCAUGGUUUUUAGAGUGCAAUGUUGAUGCAUAGUUUGAUGCCUGGUGCCAUAGAAGGUGCUAUCUCGUUUGCGUCUGACAUUGCGGCUCCAGACUUUUCCUGUGAUUCGGUACUGGGUGGAUACAUGAAUUUUGUUUCGAUAAGAGAGAUACGAAGUGAUGUGUCUAGUUCUGUAAAUCAUUCUGAUAGUGGUUUGCGAAUAUCAAGCUCCUCCACUAUGUCUGGGAAUUCAAACCCUUUACAUGUAUACCGGAGAAGGAAGCUUCAACCAAUUUCUGAUGGAAUUUGCCCAAAGCAAGUGGUAAUAAACGCCCAAAUGGGUGGCGGGUGUAAUUUUUCUAGUAGGUCUGAUGAAGCUGAAACAGAAGAACUUGGGGUUUCGCUUGAAACUGAAAUGGAAAAUAUUGUUCCUCCUGUUAAGCUUCCUAGUAAACAUAUUGUGGAUGGAUGUGCUUCUCUUUCCGGAUCUUCGGAUGAAUGUGUCCAUCGUGAGGAUCCUUGUUCUGGAAAAGUCCUGAGAAACAGGAAGAAAAUAGUUUCAGAUGUCUGUGGUGUUGAUGAUAGUUUUUCUUCAUCCAAGUUCAAUCUUGAUGUUGUUGCUGUCACAUUUAAGACUGAUGUGGAGGAUACUGCACAAUGUUCAUCCUCCGGAGUAUUGUUAUCUGAGCGAUCAUGGGAUUCUAUGUCAGGAAAAGAUUUUUGCAUUGCCAUUCUUGAAAGUCGGGGACUGCUUGAAGAAGCAUCUCCUUCCCAUCAUCUUUCCUCAGCAGACAAUGUUACGACUAGCUGGUCUGUACAGAAAUGUAAAGUAUGUGACUGUUCAGAAGCUUCACAAAAUAUGCUGAUUUGUGAUAGCUGUGAUGAUGCUUUCCAUGCCAAGUGCUGCAAUCCUCGCAUAAAGAGAAUUCCUCAUAAUGAAUGGUUUUGUUAUCCAUGCAUGAUAAAAAAGCACAAAUUGUUAAAGGAGAAAUCUACUAAUAGCUCAUUGGAUGUCAGCAAUGGAAGCAACGGAUGCAGAAUUAGUGAAUUAGGGCCUUUAGAGUCCAUGUUGAAAGACAUUGAGCCUCCCAAAUUCACCGUGAGGAUUGGUCAUAAAUUUCAAGCAGAAGUUCCUGACUGGGAUCCUUCAACCACUGAUGAUUAUGAUCCUGAGGCUGAACCAGAAGAGAUGGAUUGUUCAGACUAUCUGAAUUUGAAUUAUCAGGAACCUACCAAGACUAAUCGGCUUAGUUCUAUUGGUAAUUGGGUGCAAUGCCAAGAAGUUAUUGAAGGAAUUGGGCAACAUGCCGAUGGAACAACAUGUGGAAAAUGGCGGAGGGCUCCCCUUUUUGAAGUUCAAACGGAUAACUGGGAUUGCUUCCGUGCUGUCCUCUGGGAUCCAGCUCAUGCCGAUUGUGCUGUUCCUCAGGUGAGUCUAGUUAACAUUCCAGCUUUCCGGGUCAUUACUUUUGGUAGUUUAUGCACUCUUUUGUUUUCUCGCUUUCCCUGUUGCUGGUUUGUCUACUUUUGUUACCCACUUUCUCGUUCUCUUGCAUCCGUAAAUAUUUUGAGAAUUCUUAAUUUUUUUGGUAUCUCCAUUGAAUUUAUUUUUGGGUUAAUUGUCUUAUUUGCUUGAGCGCAGAGGCGGGAAAGGGGUCCGAAUUUAGUUACAGUGAGUGAAGGCCUAUAUUAGUUGUUAUACUUUUCCGAAGUUUGUUUUAGGUCAUCAUACCCUGUUACCAAAAAUAUUCCCCUAUAAACGUGCAUGAACAGUCACUUUAUCCAAAAUCUCCACUUAAACCAAUAAAGAAUAUGCACGUACCAUACAUAUGAUAAAAUUGACUUAUAGAUAGCAGAAACAUCUGAGAUUUCAGGCAUAACCAGUCCCAGAACCGAUUAAAACUGUUUGCUUGAUACCUUUCUCUCAGCCCCAUCUUUGGAACACAUUAAUGGACAUUAGAGUAUGACCAAAUGGUGAAAGGAAAUGGACCUAAUAAUAGGAGGUUGUCACUAGGCACCUUUGAUUCUGCAAGUGCUUUGAUGUGCUAAGGUCUGAUUCUUUUAGCGCGCAUAUAAGUCAGAAACCCCACUUCUAUGGUGGUUCCAAUGCCCCUUCAGACAUUUUUCAUCAUUCUUGAAGGCUGCAGAAGAUUCUGGAAUGUACUGGAAUGCUCAAGAGUCUUGUAGAGCAUGCAAGACUACACCUGUAUAGAUUUGUCUAGAGUAAUGUAGAGAUUGUAGAAUUCGAUAAAAGCUUGUAGAAUCUUUAGAAUGCUUUAGAGGGCAGAUUUAAUUUAAAAUGAUCUGGAUGUGUGAAUAUUUAUUAGUUCUUUGUAUAGAUUCUCUAGAAUUCUAAGGCUUCGGGGUUGCACCUAUGAUUGGCUCAAGGCCUCUUCAUUUCUUAAGCUUUUCAUCAUUUCACACUUAUCUUUUGCAAGUGUUGCAUGUUUUUAAGGUUGAGCUAGCGAUUCAAUGUUGGAUGUUUUGGGUUGCUAGUGCGUCACGUCUUGCCAAGAAAAGGUCAGCCUGUGGCGCAUGGAUGCCAAAUCAGAAACAAAUCAAAGCUAUUAAACUACUCAAGUUGUUUGGAACUUGCAGAUAAUUUUUUCUUUCCAAUUUUCGUGUUGUUACUAUAGAUUGAGUGAAAUAAACACUUGUUUAAGCUGGAGAUGUUUGGGGUUGCCUAUGAUGUAUAACCUAAAAUUGUUAUACACGAUAAGCUCUACUAUUGAGAAUCACUUCGCCUUCGGUGACCAUUAUGUCUGAGAAGUAUCAAACAUUACUUUAGUUGGUAAACACAUUGGAAGUUUGCUGAAACAAAAAUCUCCAAACCCUUGUCCAUUUCAGUAACCACCUUUGUUAGUUGUGAAGGAAAAAACUUCCUGAACGCCAUUAUGACUGGGAACAAAAAUCAGCUUGACUGAGAAUAUAUCAAAUCUGGUGACAAAAUGAAAAGCUGAUAUACUAGCUCUAUCAUGACCAACAGCAGCCAUUCUGUGCAAGAUGACUUUUUUAUUUUUUGUGAGUGCACUAUUUUCUGUUUCGUGUCACCAUUUUGGUUCUAGUUCUUGAAAGAUUGCAAAUACUAUUUGGUAAAUUGUAGAUUUCGGUUGACAUUUUAGCUUGUCAGCCAUUAGUAUAAGUGAUGGUGCCAAGAUUUUCAGAGGGAGGAUACAAGCACUUACCCAAUUGUAGAAUUUCAAACACAUUUAUACCUAUAAUCUAUAAGCUAAAGACAUAACUCAAAACAAGUAUACAUGAAGGCUGAUUUGUGUAUGUCCACAGCUUGAGUGUGAGGAAAAGAGGGACUCUAGUGGAUACUGUUUAGUAUUUUGUGAGACAUCUUCAGGAUCUGGUCUGGAGUUAUAUUGAUCUCUUACUUUUAGAUUGUACCACACCCAUUAAGCCAUUUUUAUUGUUUUUCCUUGAUUUUUCGUUAUGGCUGUAUCACAUCAAGCUUCAUCUGUGCCAGCACAAGCACCAAUGAUAACGUCUGGUCAUUUUGGCUUUCGCUGCCUUCUCACUAAGAGACUUGUCUAGUAUGAACAUCUCUGUGAGAUAAUGAUAAUUUAUAAUUUGGUUGAGGGAUUUCAUUACAAUAUCUUCAUCUACAAAAUUGUUCUACUAUAAGAUCAUGUCUACCUAGGUUCUUUUGCCCCUUAAAGCAAGUAACAAG